AUGAGUGGGGACAGAGUCCUUUUUACAACGCGAAACAUUCCAAGCCUCGCCAACUCUUUCAACAAUGUCGUGGACGCCGACGACCACGAACCGUUGUGGAAGAAGACCACCCUCGGUCUCGCCACCGAUGGUUAUGGUGGGCUUGGUUCCCGUGGCGAUCAUUGCAAAUUCGCCUGUGUUUCCAUAGCAGAGAGGAAAGUUGAUAAAGAAUUCAUGCCCACGCUGGCUCAGCUCCUGAAGCAUCCGCUGGCCGUUGUCGCAUUCGUGCCCAGAGAUGUUUCCUUGUUUUUCGCUGGAGCCAUUGCCGGUGCUGCUGCUAAGACUAUCACUGCUCCUCUGGAUCGUAUCAAGAUCCUUAUGCAGACUCAUGGAGUACGAGUAGGGCAAGAAAGUGCUAAGAAGGCAAUUGGUUUCAUUGAG